AUGGCUUAUUCGUCUGCUGACUCCCGCAGAGAGAUGACGAAUGGUGUCCAUCCUAACACCAAUCCAGCAGGUCCAGGAACCUCCACUUUGCCACGAUACUUGCACAAGAAGCAACAGCGGCAGAAGGGAUGGAGAUCUUCGUCUCCGAUGGGUAGAGUCAUCCUCAUCAAUUCACCUGUGGAUGGUGGGGAUGAUUGUGAAGACAUCCACACAAUUACAGUGGACAAGAGUGAGGAUGGUAGGCUGGGCUUCAGUGUGCGUGGUGGUUCAGAGCAUGGCCUUGGCAUCUUUGUUAGCAAAGUGGAGGACAACAGUUCUGCAGAAUUUGCAGGGUUGUCUGUUGGGGACAGACUGGUGGAGGUGAAUGGGAUCAGCCUGGAAAGCAUUACCAUGAGCAGUGCUGUGAAGGUUUUAACAGGGAGCAAUCGCCUGCGCAUGGUAGUUAGGCGUGUAGGGAAGGUGCCUGGAAUCCGCUACUCCAAAGAAAAGACCACAUGGGUGGAUCUAAUUCAUCGGAGGAUGGUGGUGGAAGAGAGUGGUCGCACUCCCUCCGAGAUCAGCUCAGAUGGAGCUUUGCGCCGGAUUGUGCACCUCUAUACCACCUCAGAUGAUUACUGUCUGGGCUUUAACAUCCGUGGUGGCAAAGAGUUUGGCCUGGGCAUCUAUGUCUCAAAGCUGGACCCUGGUGGCUUGGCAGAGCAACAUGGUAUUAAAAUGGGAGACCAGAUUCUGGCAGCAAAUGGAGUGAGCUUUGAAGAUAUUACACACAGCAAUGCAGUGGAAGUCCUGAAGAGCCACACCCAUGUCAUGCUCACGAUUAAGGAGGCUGGGCGGUAUCCUGCAUAUAAGGAGAUGAUAGCAGAGUACAGCUGGCUCAAUAAAUUGGCUAAUGGGGGCCAGCCAGCCUCUUCUCAAGGUUCAGACUCCUAUUCGUCCACCUCCUCUCUGUCGUCUGGGACACCAGUCAGCUCUCUCAGCGGCCUCUCUCAGGUCAUGUUCCCUCCUCCAUUUGGCUUGGAGAUGGUGGAUGUGUGCAUCUCUACUGAGGACGGCUCAUCACGCAAGCCCAGCUCUGAUCGCACUGAGACAGCCAUCCAGACCGACCCCCUGGAUUCUGACACAUCACCCCAACCCACCAGGGUCAUCUCCAUAGACACCAGCCGGAUGGUUGGUGAGACCAUUCUUUUGAAGGACACAGUGAUCAGGAGUGGCAGUUUUAAUAAGAAUCGUCAAGCACAAAAAAGGACAUUUUCUGCAGGAGACAAGGAAACUCUGGACUCUCCAAAAACUGCAGUGCUAAUGGCUCUCAGCAAACCUCGCAAACCCAUCCGAAGAUCCCAGAGUCAUAUCACUGUGUCAGAGGACAAGCAGAAGAAGAAAAAACAGCAGCAGACAGUGAAGGCUGAGGCUUCUGGAAGCACCCUGCAGCGUUCCAAAACUUUUGUCAGUCUGUUGUUCAAAAGUGGUCGAAAGAGAGACAGGUCUGCCUCUAGAGACAGGAAGGCAGCGGGGACAGGUGAGUGGCAUCGAGCUCGUUCCAAAUCACCAGCGGGUAACUGUUCCUCCAGAAAUAAAGGUAAAGAGCGGAGUCGGUCCAUCAUUAAUCUCCUGAGUUCUCCACGGGAGACACGUGCUGGCGUGCGGGAGCCUGAAGCCAUGCCCAGUCCUGAGACUAUGGCUAUGGUGGAGAGGAUGGCGUGCAAACUGCUGAGUGAGGAUGAGGUGGCUGCAGUAAUGAGACACUGCAGUAGGUUUUUAGCAGAAAGAGUGGUGGAAGACCUGGUACACCCCCUGCUGGCUAUCCUUGACAGACCUGAAAAGUUGCUGCUGCUAAGGGAGAUCAGAAUGAUCGUCCCCCCAACAGAGUUGGGUCGGUUUGACAGCAUGGUAAUGCCGUUUGAACUGGAGGCCUAUGACAUUUUAAAGAGCCGCUCUGUGCGCUCUCCGGUUCUGCGCUCUCCUCGGCAUGAUGGAACUCCACGCCGCCAUCUAAUAACACCCAUCCCAGACUACAGGGGAGGCUUCCAUCUACAGGCUGUGCAAGAUUUGGAGCGAGAUCGACAGCUGAUGCAGGAGCUAGAGCGACUCAGGCUGACCAGCCUCCCAACUGGCAAACUCCCUCCUUCCCGAGUAUUCACACCUCUGUUGGACAUACCUGUGGACAAUUACAUUUCUGGCUCCAUUCGGCAGCGCUCCUUAAGCCCAGCUCGCCCCAAACAGCUGCUUAAUGAGUCCCCCAACAGUACAGAGAGGCGUGGACGUUCCCCUAAACGACAAGAACAUGAUUUGCCUCAAAGGUCAAGCACUCCAGAGCGAGGAAGAUCACCGUACAGGAACGGCCAUGACAAAGCUACAAAGGCCAGAUCUGGAAAUGGAAGAGAGGUUAAGUACACAGUAAUGAGUGCACACAGAAGGAGCAGAACACCACUAACACAGGUAUUUGGGCCAGACAUGCCACGCAACCCGAUGGAAAGGGAGCAGGCAAAUGGACAUGCUGGUUCCUCGGAGAACAGCCAAAACAGCCUGCCAGUGCAGGAGUAUGAGCUGACCAACGUCUUCAUCUCUAAGUGCAAACAGUCUCUGGGUAUAAGUAUCUCAGGGGGCAUUGAGUCCAAGGUUCAGCCAGUGGUGAAGAUUGAAAAGAUAUUCCCCGGAGGAGCGGCAUCCACUAGUGACGUGUUAAAGGCUGGAUUUGAGCUUGUGUCAAUUGAUGGAGAAUCGCUCCAGGGAGUCACACACCAGCAUGCAGUGGACGCCAUAAGGAAGGCUUUCAGCAACAAGGCCAAAGAACCCAUGGAGUUUGUUGUCAAAAUCCCAAAGAACCUAAAAGACUAAAGCAAAGUCUCCUGUGCUGUGCUGUACAACAGAGACGAUAUUUUACACCCAGAGCUCAGUUCAUACUGUACAGACACUGAACAGAAAACAGAAAACCUGAAAGAACACAUCUUUAUGAUAACAAAGAAAGCUCCAUGGAAAAGCAAAGCUGCCAUUGUGCAAUGUGAAUCAGUUGGCUGAACUAACAUGCCCAAAGGGCGACCUAUGAAAGAAGGCUUUCAAAGGGAGUUAUUGUGGAUUUAGAAUC